GUGCUGGCGGCGCUGCUGCUCUCGGCGGCCCAGGAGCCGGUCCCGCGGGUGAGCCUGCCCUACGACUCACCCGAGCGGGCGGUGCAGCGGUUCGAGGUGCCCGGCGUCUCCAACAUCACGGCGCUGCUGCUGAGCCCCGACGGCGGCACCCUCUACCUGGGCGCGCGCGAGGUGCUGCUGGCCGUCAACACCAGCCGCUUCGAGCCGGGGCCGCUGGUGCGCAGGYUGCCCUGGAGCGCGGACGGCGAGAAGAAGCGGCAGUGCGUGUUCAAGGGCAAGGACCCGCAGCGGGACUGUCACAACUACAUCAAGAUGCUGCUGCGGCUCAACAGCACCCACCUGUACACGUGCGGCACCUGCGCGUUCAGCCCCGCCUGCGCCUACGUGGACGUGCAGCGCUUCAGCCUGGAGCGGGACGCGGYGGGGAAGCCGCUGCUGGAGGACGGCAAGGGCCGCUGCCCCUUCGACCCCGAGUACAAGUCCACGGCCGUCAUGGUCGACGGCGAGCUCUACGCCGGCACCGUCAGCAACUUCCAGGGCAACGAGCCCACCAUCUACCGGAGCCAGGAGAGCCGCAUCUCCCUCAAGACGGAGAACUCCCUCAACUGGCUGCAGGACCCCGUCUUCGUGGGCUCAGCCUACCUGCGGGAGAGCCUCCCCACGGGCAACCCCGAGGGUGACGACGACAAGAUCUACUUCUUCUUCAGCGAGACCGGCAAGGAGUUCGACUACUUYGAGAACACCAUCGUGUCACGCAUUGCCCGUGUGUGCAAGGGGGACCAGGGCGGCGAGCGCGUGCUGCAGCGGCGCUGGACGACCUUCCUGAAGGCGCAGCUGCUCUGCUCGCACCCCGACGACGGCUUCCCCUUCAACGUGCUGCGCGGCGUCUUCGUGCUGACGCCCGGCGAGCAGCGCUGGCGCGAGACGCUCUUCUACGGGGUGUUCACGUCGCAGUGGAGCAAGGGCGGCCUGGGCGGCUCGGCCGUGUGCGCCUUCCCCAUGCGCAGCGUGCAGGGCGCCUUCGCCGGCCUCUACAAGGAGGUGAACCGCGAGACGCAGCAGUGGUACACGGACACCAGCCCCGUGCCGGAGCCGCGGCCGGGCUCGUGCAUCACGAGCCGCACGCGGCACCUGCGCAUCAACUCGUCGCUGCAGAUGCCGGACCGGGUGCUCAACUUCGUCAAGGACCAUUUCCUGAUGGACAGCGCGGUGCGGAGCCAGCCGCUGCUGCUGCAGAGCCGCCUGCGCUACCUGCAGAUCGGCGUGCACCGUGCGCAGGGCCUGCGCGGCACCUACGACGUCCUCUUCCUGGGCACCGACGACGGGCGGCUGCACAAGGCGGUGCGCGUGAGCCGCAAGGUGCACAUCAUCGAGGAGCUGCGCGUGUUCCGCGCCGGGCAGCCCGUGCUGCAGCUGCUGCUCGACCCGCCCCAGGCAAGAGUGCGCGGGGGUCCGGCCGGCCGCGCGCCCGCCGCGGGGCCGCGCGCUGACCGCUCGCGCCCACAGGCUCUGCUCUACGCCGCCUCCUACGACGCCGUGGCCCAGGUGCCCUUCGCCAACUGCAGCCUGUACCGCAGCUGCGGCGAGUGCGUGCUGGCCCGCGACCCCUUCUGCGCGUGGGGCCGGGGCGCCUGCCGCCGCCUGCCCCCCGGCCCCCGCGCGCACGCGCAGCUCUGGGUGCAGGACGUGGAGGGCGCGGACACGGAGCGGCUCUGCCGGCGGGGGCUUGGGGCCGGGGCCGGGCGGGCAGCGGCUCCGUGCUGCUCCGUGACGCGCCGGUGCCCCGCAGGCUCGGGCGCCCCGUGCCAGGCGGUGCGGCUGCCGCCCAACGCGGUGCGGCCGCUGCCCUGCCAGCUGCUCUCCAACCUGGCCACGCGCCGCUGGGCGCACAACGGCGCGCCCGUCAACGCCUCCUACCUGGUGCUGCCCGACGGCGCCCUGGUGCUCGUGGGCAGCCCCGAGCGCGCCGGCACCUACGAGUGCUGGUCGCUGGAGGAGGGUUUCCGCCAGCUCAUGGCGAGCUACUGCGUGGCGAUGCCGGAGGCGGCGGCGGGC